AACUUCUAGCGCGUCCGCGGUGCACUCUGGGAAAUAAACCAACAUGGGUACUUGGACCCGCUGUCAGCAUGCAGGGGCAGCAUAGACUAAUUAUGGAAAAUUAAGAAUGAUUAUUAGUAAACUCAUUUUAGACAAAAGCAGAGUUGUACCGCAUCCCUGCAUACAUUGACGGCGCCUAACGAUCUAUGGUGCGUGAGAAUGUGAUUGUUUCUGCCGGCCCCGCGCUCGUAUGUGUGCCUGCUGCCUCACAAAGCUCCGGGGAAGCGCCGUUCUUCCAGCCUUCGCCGGAUGAUGGACCGCAAUUACCCGACAUCCAGCUUCGUGGAUCCGCUGGUCCCACCAGCGCAGACCGUAGCUUGGGCCUAUGAUCGCAGCCCUUCCAGCAUCAAGCCAAGUUCCAGUUAUGGUGCCACACACCUGGAGUCAGAGCUGCUCCAAAGACAGACUUAUGUCUCCACUCAUCAACUACCCACCUACACCUCUACACACCACCCUACAGGUCUGUCUGGGGUGUUUGACUCAAGCGGUAGCACCACUGAGACCUCCAUAAUGAACUUCCUGUCUGCCAUGGAGUCUAGAAGCGUGCAGGCUGGUCCUGCCUGCUCUGUGCUGCCCUCUAUGCUGCCCUCUAUGCUGCCCUCCUUCAGACCGCCCUCCUGGUCCGCCGGUACAAACUCCUCCACCACAGAGCUGUAUCUGACUGGGGCCUUGCCUUCAACCGCCACCUUCCCCUCCCCCGCCGCCCUCUCAGCCUAUCAGCACGUGGGUGCCUCCCCCUCCCCCGCCACCCUCUCAGCCUAUCAGCACGUGGGUGCCUUCCCCCCCAGGUGCUACACCUCCACCCCCUCCCUGACCCUCCAGGACCCCGUCUUCAGCACCUCCAGUGGCCUGCUCCCUCACCACGACCCCCUGCUCCACCUCAAACCCAGUCAGGCCGCCCUGGCCUUCAACCACCUCCCCGCUCUAUCCCCGGGCAGCGCCCUGCCCAUCCAGUCCUCCACGUAUCGCUCUGCCCAGGAGUCCGCCCCCCACCUCCUGCAGCCUCAGUUCAGCCUCCUUCCCCAGACGCUGGCCUCCGCCCAGCCGGCCUCCGCCCAGCCUGCCUCCGCCCAGCCGACCUCGCUGCCUUACGGAUCGCCCGUGUUCUCGGGCUCAGUGGAGAGAGCGCUCCAGAGGGAGUGUAGCGUGAUCAAGCACCACCAGAGGCCUUCCAGCGGCCAGGCCGCCCCCGAGCAACUCCCCGGCUCCCUGCAAGGGUACCUGGGCUCCGGUGAUGGGGACGUGUCCUACCAGCAGGACCCCUCCAGGCACACCCCCGGGCCCAGCCCCCCCGUGGAGCCAGACCCCUCCCAGGGGGUCAACGGCACCCCCCAGCCCAAACCAGACUCGGCUUCUCAGACCGGGCUCCAGCAAUCUCAGGCCUAUUCCUCCUCCUCCGACCCGUCUCCCGGUUACUCCUCCUCCUCCGGGGGGGCCAAGGCUAAAGACUGUUCUUCCGAAAUGGCCCCCCAUCCCUCGGACGGCGGGGAAGGUCACCCCCACUCCCAGAGCCACGCGGCAGGAGGGUCCCCUGAGAGUUACCCCUCCCCAGGGCAGAAGCAAAGCUCGGUGACAGCCAGCCAGCAGUCAGCCGGCCAGCUUCCCAGCCUGCUAGCCAUCAGCCACUCUCAGAGCUACCCCACCUCCCACAGCCAGACGCAGGUUUCCUUCACCUCCUCGGAUAAACUGCCUUCCCUUUACAAGACUAUGUCCUCCUUCUCAGACCAGGCAGGCAGCGGGCUGGCGGUCAGUCAGUCUCUGGUGUACUCCUCCAGUCAGGGCCAGGAUGCUCAGUACGCUGCCCAGGCCUUGUGUCUGGGGAGUCUGUCCCAGGCCUACACCCCCAGCCACUCUCAGGGCGCCCCCAACGUGAGUUACCCGUCGCAGUCACAGGGGCAAGAUUCCUCCACUCAGAGCUAUGUCGCAGGACAAUCCCUCUCCUCCUCCUACCCCCAGCCGCGGGCCCAGUCUCUGGCCACCACCAACUCUAUGCAGGGCUACGUCUUAAUGCAGCCCUCACCUGUGGGGAAGACCGACAGCAGCCUGACCCUGUCGCAGACACACCCCCAGAAGUACCUGCUGCCCACGCCGUCACCCACCUUCUCCACCGCCACGCACGCUCAAGCCUUACAGAACAACAACCGGUCCUCUGGACCGCAGGACCUCAAGCCGGCCUACGGGAAGCUGAAACUGGAGGAGCUCCACAUCCAGGAGCUCCAGGCGCUCCAGCAAGCCUCCCUGGACGCCUCCUGCCCCGGCAGCAGCAACAUGGCCGGCCCCAACAACGUGGUUUACGUGGUCUCCAAAAUGGACGACCGCUACAACACGCAGAGCGUGAUCCGGAGCAGCUUGCGCUCCGAGGAGCAGAUGCUGGGUCACCUGACCCCGGGUCACCUGACCCAGGGGAAGGACGAGCGUCUGCUGCCCUCUCACAGCCAGCUCGGGAGCCGGGCCAACACGUGCGGAGCCCCCGAUCCAAAGACGACCAACAACCCCCAGAUCCUGUCUUCCCACGUCUCCCUGAGCGCCGAGGAACUCAAACAUCACUCACACCUGCUACGCGCCCCCGAGCCGCUGCAACAAAGCCAGCAGGUGCUGACCUCCAGGGCCCAGGCCGAUCAUAGCCAGGCACGCAGCCAGGCAGCCCACACCCAGUUCAUAAGGGUCCCCAACACUCAGGUGCUGCUGGACCCCAGUCAGAUGAUUCUGCUGCAGCAGCCCCUCAUCCACCCGGGACACCACCCCUCCAAGGGGGUCUCGGCACACGUGCAACAGAACCAGAACCACGCCUCAAGCCCGGGCCAAGUGCAGUACCUUCAUCUGAAUGGAGAGAUGAUCGGCCACAGCGGACUCAACGGCAGCCACCAGGGGUCUGGGGCGAUGGACUCCACCAAACACCUCUUACCCAAAGAUCCUUACGACCAGGCCGUGGUUCAGCAGGACAACAAGCACCAGUUCCCCCUCAACUCCAUCUGCUUCCCAGAAUCCAUCCUGCUGGCCGACGAGAGGAACAUCCUGUCCAACGUGGACGACAUCCUGGCGGCCACUGCGGCCGCAUGCGGGGUCACGCCCCACGACUUUGUCAAAGCCACAUCCGACGGGGACAUGGCGGACUCCAAGGGCCACUUCCAGACGGUGGAGCCCAGACACGUGUCCCCGGGGUUCUCCUCGUCUCAGCACGCCAUCAUCGCCAACACUAGCUCCUCCCACGCCAUGACACUAAACGGGAGCCACGUGACCUCGGACGGACGACCCGGUCACCCUAGCAACGGGUCCGAUCUCCACGCCAACGGUGGGGUGGAUGUUGAGGAGGACUACAAGCUGGGCUACGACCCGUCGGGCCUCACGGGCAAGACCCCGGCCCGGGGCACGAAGGCCAUCAAGAGGGAGGACGCGCUGGUGGAGUGCUCCUCCGAGGCUUUCCCCAGGAAGCGGGCGCGGCCCCGGACCGCAGGGCCAGGCAGACCAGCCGGGCAAGAGGAGGAGGAGGCCGGCAGGAGAGCAGCCAAGCGCGGGGGGGUUCAGGCCAAGCGGCAGAACUCGCGUGGCAGCGACACCAGCUCGCCCUCCACCUCGGACGGCGUCUACGACGGAUACCAGCAGCACGAACGCAUCAGGCAGAAGAUCCGUGAGGUGGAGGAGAAACAACCAGAGGUCAAGACCGGAUUCAUCGGUUCCUUCCUGGAUUUCCUCAAAUCAGGCCCCAAGCAGCACUUCUCCUCCACGCCCGCACGCGCCGCCAGUCGCUCCAGGAAACCCUCCUCCAAACCCCCCCCUUGCCCCUUGCCCCCCCUGCCACCCAAACUCCAGCCCCCAGGUGACCCUGUGUUGCCCCAGGAGGGCCACGCGGGGGUGAGCUUGCAGCAGAAGCGCCUGGAGGAGGACCUCCAGAGGAACCUGGAGACCCUGCCCUCCUUCAGCUCUGACGAGGAGGAAAGUGUGGGCAGGAACCAGGCGCUGCAGAACAGCAUCACCUCGGCCCUCUCAGCCCUGGACGAGCCAGGGGACAGGAGACAGAGGACAGACACCAGACUCUCCUCCUCCCUUCUCCUCAAGUCAGACCAGACUCCCAGCAUGCCUCAGCCUGUUGCUAAAGCGGAGGUGCGGCAGAAGGACUCUCCCAGGGAGCCCUCGGCAACGGCGUCGUCGGGGCGGGAGGGGGCAAGGGAGGCCCCGCCCCCAGGCCUGCUGGCCGCGCGGCUGAGCAGCGUGGCGGUGGAGGGACAGACGGACGAGGAUCUGUCGGACAGCGGAGGGGAGGGGAUGUAUCGGGAGAGGGAUGAGUUUGUGGUCAGGAACGAGGACAUCGAGAGUCUGGAGGUGACAUUGACAGCUGGCAGGGAGCCCCCAGCCAUCUGGAAGGUCCAGAAGGCUCUGCUGCAGAAGUUUGUUCCUGAGCUGAGAGACGGGAGGAGAGUGUUCUCAGCAACCAACAGCUACCUGGGUUACUUUGGCGACGCUAAGACCAUGUACCGCCGGGUCUAUGUCAAGUUCCUGGACACGGUCAACAAGAGGGAGUCAGUACGGGUCUGCAACCGCAAACCUCGCUGCAAACCAAUGCACUCUAUGAGGGGGGCCCAGGUGAAGACACUGCUGGGCCUGAAACCGGCCCCUCCCUCUUUGACCUCUGACCGUGCCCCCCCCAGACCCCCUACGAGGCCCCGCCCCCGGCAACCCCGCCCCCGCGCUGAGGCACCGCCCAAGAAAAGGAGGAGGUGGAAGGAGGAGCUCUCGCCCUCAGACUCCUCCUCCGAGGAGCCGGCAGAGGAGACGGACCUCCAGGUGUCUCCUGGGUCCAGGGUUCUUAACACCAGGACCAUGAAGGACACCUUCAGUAGUUUCCUGGAGCUGCUCGUCAGCGCUGCCAUGGAUGCAGACGUGCUCAGCGCACUGGAGAGGGAGAACGAUGACCUUCUGCUGCCUCAGAUGAGACAAGUCGACAGCCUGAUCAGCGACAGCAGGAAACGUCUGCUGCCAAAGCUCCACAUGGGGGAGCUGUUCAAGACAGCUCUGGACAGCUUCCCAGAGAUCUCCGUGGUUACUGAGCUGAAGAAGGACGGGGAGGGUCCAGCCUUCAAGGUGCUUCUGGGCGGGAAGGCCUACAACCGCAAGACCAUGAAGCCUUCCAAACCCCCCUCCACACUGCCCUUGGAGUACCCAGUGGACCAGAACAACACACAGUGGUUGUCUCUCUACCACUCUCUCCAACAUUACAAGUACCACACAUACCUCACGUGCAAAGAUGAGAUCGCCUCCCUGCGGGUGCGUGCAGGGGCGCUGGGGCAGGACCAGGCGGUGCAGCUGUGCAUGCAGAACGCAGCCUGGGUGGAGGUUCUGUUCAACCGCUACGGAGAGCUGCUCAACCAGGUGCAGCUAGCCUGCAGAUAGCUGGGGGGA